CGUCGUGGCUGUUGAUAGCUCCUUCGCUCUUGCGGAAGUCUGCCAGUCUGAACCCUGACUUUGGACUCGAAGCAGAUGGGUGGUGAACUAAGGAAGAAACCGAAACCCGCGCAGCUCAAUCCCAACUGGAUUCAACUCCAACAGAAGCUCAAAAUUCGUGGCUCUGAUGCUUCAAGACCCUUCAAAAACUCAGAAACUGAGACCCCAAACUCAAUAUUGGGGAAGCGGAAGGAGAGACAAGAUGCAGAGUCCAAUGAUUGUCAGAUCAAUCCUCUUACUCCUGUAAAUGAUGAUUCCAGUCUGACCGAUGCAGUAGCCAUGGACUGUGAAAUGGUUGGUGUUGGUCAAGGAAACAGAAGUGCUCUUGGAAGAGUAACACUGGUUAAUAGGUGGGGAAAUGUUAUUUAUGAUGAAUUUGUUCGACCAGUGGAGCGUAUUGUUGACUUUCGCACCAAAAUUAGUGGUAUAAGACCUCGGGACUUGAGAAAAGCAAAGGAUUUUUGGGCCGUUCAGAAGAAAGUAGCAGAGUUAAUCAAAGACAGGAUCCUUGUGGGACAUGCCCUGCACAAUGAUCUUAAGGCAUUAUUAUUAAGUCAUACCAAGAAGGAUAUUCGGGAUACGUCUGAGUACCAACCAUUUCUAAAAUCGCAUAGUAAAAGAGCACUUCGACAUCUUGCUGCAGAACAUCUUGGUGCUAAGAUCCAAACUGGGGAACACUGCCCUAUAGAAGAUGCUCGUGCUGCUAUGCUGCUUUAUCAAAGGAAUAGAAAAGAGUGGGAGAAGAGUGUGAAAGAUCAAGUUCGAAUUAAACAGAAGCAGAAGAAACGGAGGCCGAAGAAGAAGCACAAGAAGCAAGUUUCUUUGGAUGGGAAUGCUGCGGGAGUUGCAUCAUAGCAUUGGCUACCCCUUACGCUUGCAAAAUUUUCUGGUCAGGGACCUCCAUUUCAAACUUCCAAUUGUUAUUGUACUGGCUACUUAAAAUUGAUUUAUUAGAAAUUAGAAAUUGUAGGAAGGAAAGACGCAGUUGAUGGCAGAAUUACCAUGGUAUUGUUUUAUUGUAACCUCAAGAAAAUUGAUGGAUAGCUUCUAAGCCCCCCUCCCCAUCUCUCUUUCUCUCUCACUAUUUUUGUGUUAAGUUUCGGACUACAGAGAGAAAAUGAGAUGAUGAUUGAUGAAAGAAUCUGAACUUGUAUUCUCAUAUGGCUCGGUACAUUAUAUAGGGCUUAACGCUCUAAUUAUUGGUUGCAA